AAACUCUUUUCAUUAUUAUCUCUCCUCCUCGCCUUGCGUAAGUAAAGUAAAUUAUAAUAAAAUAACAUAAAAUCCACUUCUCAAGUCUCUUCUCAUCUAAAUAUGUCUGAAUGUAUUAAAUAGAAGGGAAUCUAUCAACAAACCACUCAAAGGCUAAAGCCCCUCCCCAAAACACUAGACCAAAUUUCAUUCAUGAAUACCCUUUCUCGCCGUUGAAUGCAAAUAUAGCAUGUCCUAUCCGCAAGUGGAGGAUUUCUAUUAUAUGGCUGAAGAUUUCGUCGAUGACAUGGAUGAAGAUAACUACGGUAGAGGUGGUGGAGACAUGGAUGCUGAUGAAUACGACAUGCUGACCAAAGUGACUGAUACAUCUUCUGCACAAGCGCGGAGGGGGAAAGACAUUCAGGGGAUUCCAUGGGAAAGAUUGAACAUAACUAGGGAAAAAUAUAGAUUAACGAGGCUUGAACAGUAUAAGAAUUAUGAGAAUAUCCCAUCCUCUGGUGAAGCAGUCGACAAGGAAUGCAAGCAGAUGGAAAAGGGUGGGAACUACUAUGAAUUCUUCCACAACACUAGAUUGGUUAAGCCCACAAUCCUCCAUUUUCAGCUUAGAAACUUGGUUUGGGCUACUUCAAAGCACGAUGUUUACCUCAUGUCCAACUAUUCAGUAAUGCAUUGGUCAUCAUUGUCGUGCAAUCUGUCUGAGAUCCUUAAUUUUGCAGGGCAUGUAGCACCUACCGAGAAACAUCCGGGAAGUCUAUUAGAAGGUUUUACGCAAACUCAAAUAAGCACGCUUGCUGUCAAGGACAAUUUUAUGGUUGCGGGAGGCUUCCAGGGAGAGCUUACUUUUAAGCACUUGGACAGAAAAGGAGUAAGCUUUUGUACACGGACAACCUUUGAUGAUAAUGCAAUUACAAAUGCUAUUGAGAUAUAUGAUAGCUUGAGGGGUGGAAUUAAUUUUAUGGCCUCCAAUAACGACUGCAGCUUGAGAGAAUAUGAUACAGAGAGAUACCAACUUAUGAAUCAUUUUCGUUUCCCCUGGCCAGUAAAUCAUACAUCAGUGAGCCCUGAUCGAAGGCUUAUUACUGUUGUUGGAGAUCACUUGGAGGGGUUGCUUGUUGAUUCGCAAAAUGGAAAGACUGUGGCCACGGUGGUAGGUCAUCUAGACUACUCCUUUGCAUCUGCAUGGCAUCCGGAUGGACGCUUGUUUGCCACAGGAAAUCAGGAUAAGACCUGCCGAGUGUGGGACAUAAGAAACCUCUCAUUGCCAGUUGUGACUCUUAAAGGAAACUUGGGUGCUGUGCGCUCAAUCCGCUUUUCAUCUGAUGGCCAAUUCAUGGUGGUUGCUGAACCGGCAGAUUUUGUUCAUGUGUAUAGUACGAGGGCCGAUUACCGGAAAAGACAAGAGAUAGACUUUUUCGGUGAGAUUUCAGGGGUUUCUCUGAGUCCAGAUGAUGAGUCUCUGUAUAUAGGAAUAUGGGACAGGACUUAUGCUAGUUUGCUGCAGUAUAACAAAAGACACACUUAUGGCUACUUAGAUUCAUACUUGUGAUUAUGUCAAUGAGUACUCAUGAAUGAGUGUGCUGCGUGCUGCUGUAGUUUUGCACCCAUUUUGUAUUCUCUUUUGUUAUGUAGGCUGAUUUGAGUGAAGAUCAAAUAUGACUGUAGAAUAAUUGUAUCCUUUUGUUAGAACUUUGCUAGGAGCAUGUACAGGACAAAUAUUAUCCUUGAAAUGAAAUGUCUUACGACAAUAAGUUUAUA